GCACGCGAGGAUCGUUUUCAGGAAACAUUCACCAUUUUGUACGCGAACCUUGUACCGUAAGCAACCGAGUUUUGCUCGUAAAUCGUGUCGGAGCCAUGCGUAUAUCGCUAACGAUUGUGAUUGAUCCAUGUAAUAUGUUAGUUAUAAAGGGAAUUGUGUGAUUUUGCGUCUGUUGUGAAAGUGAUUUCGGAUUUUAAUUGCUACUUCUAAGUGCUUAAUCUUUUGUUUGAGUGCUUCUACUCCGUUAUUGUGAUCUCCUUAUUCAGUGGUGCGUGUCGGGUUCAGUACCGAUGUGUUAGAGGCGCGGCUGUACAAAAACCACCGCCAUGUCGUCGGUGAAGGUGGCGGUGCGGGUCCGCCCCUUCAACUCGCGGGAGAUCGCCCGCGAUUGCAAAUGCAUCAUUGAGAUGACUGGCAAUACUACAGUUAUCGUCAAUCCGAAGCUGCCCCCUAACAACAAGGAAGGCGCUAAAAGCUUUAACUUUGAUUUCUCCUACUGGUCGCACAAUCCACAUGAUCCCGAAUUCUCUUCUCAAAUUAUGGUGUACAAAGACAUUGGCGAAGAAAUGCUUCAACAUGCCUUUGAUGGCUACAAUAUAUGCAUAUUCGCCUACGGACAAACGGGCGCGGGAAAGUCCUACACGAUGAUGGGACGCGGCGAGGAUGGGCAGGAAGGCAUCAUCCCACAAAUCUGUAAAGAUCUGUUCAGACGCAUACGACAGACGACCUCGGAAGAUCAGUCUUACUCGGUUGAAGUGUCAUACAUGGAGAUCUACUGCGAGCGAGUGCGUGAUUUGCUAAACCCUAAGAACAAAGGCAAUCUGCGCGUUCGCGAGCAUCCGGCGCUCGGCCCCUACGUUGAGGACCUGAGCAAGCUCGCCGUCAUGUCCUACCAAGAUAUUUACGACCUUAUUGACGAAGGGAACAAGGCCAGGACGGUCGCGGCAACGAACAUGAACGAAACUUCCUCCCGCUCCCACGCCGUGUUCACGAUAUUCUUCACUCAGCAAAAACACGAUAAGACCACAAACCUCGUCUCCGAAAAGGUCUCAAAAAUAUCGCUAGUGGAUUUGGCCGGCUCCGAGCGAGCGGACUCGACGGGCGCUAAAGGCACCAGGCUGAAGGAAGGGGCCAACAUCAACAAAUCUCUCACAACUCUCGGAAAAGUCAUCUCCGCACUUGCCGAAAUUUCGGCGUCAAAGAGCAAAAAGUCGAAGAAGGCGGACUUCAUACCGUACCGUGACUCAGUUCUCACCUGGUUGCUGCGUGAGAACCUGGGAGGCAAUUCCAAGACCGCAAUGAUAGCUGCAAUCUCACCUGCCGAUAUCAACUAUGACGAAACCCUCAGUACAUUACGAUACGCAGAUCGUGCCAAACAAAUCGUAUGCAAAGCUGUGGUCAACGAAGACGCGAACGCCAAACUCAUCCGCGAGCUCAAGGAGGAAAUACUCAAACUACGCGAACUCCUCAAAGCAGAAGGCAUCGACGUUGAAGAAGGACCAGAUGGUCGAGUCUUAUACGAAAAGAAAGAUCAGCUUACCAGAGAGGAGAACGUAUCGCCGAUGCGCAAGAAGAGUGAAUCGGAGGCGCUGUCUCCCAAGUUAUCAAGAGCUGCUACCACCAUAGCUGAGGAGGCUGUAGAUCAACUGCAAGCAUCAGAAAAACUUAUCGCAGAACUUAACGAAACUUGGGAAGAGAAGCUCAAACGUACAGAACAGAUCCGCGUACAACGGGAAGCUGUGUUCGCGGAGAUGGGUCUCGCUGUCAAAGAGGGAGUCACAGUGGGCGUUUAUUCUCCGAAGAAAACUCCACAUCUUGUCAACUUGAACGAAGACCCCAACCUCUCUGAAUGUCUACUCUACUACAUUAAGGAUGGAAUAACGCGGCUGGGCACGGCUGAAGGUGAAGUGCCACAGGAUAUACAGCUGUGCGGCUCUCACAUACUGAGCGAGCAUUGCAUAUUCGAGAACACGGACGGCGUCAUCUGCCUCAUUCCGCACCACGGGGCUUUGGUUUACGUUAAUGGACGCGAGAUCAAUGAGCCAACAAUUCUAAAGACCGGUUCGCGUGUAAUCCUGGGCAAGAACCACGUGUUCCGAUUCACGCACCCCGGACAACCUCGCGAGGAGAAAGCGUCCAACAAGGAACUUAGCGAUGGUAGCAGCAACCCUGAAACUAACAGUGAUGCCUUAACCGAGUCAAUCAUCGAAAACGUGGACUGGGACUUUGCGCAAUGCGAACUGCUGGAGAAGCAAGGAAUCGACCUGAAGGCCGAGAUGCAGAAGCGGCUCAUGAACAUAGAGGAGCAGUUCCGCAGGGAAAAGGAACAAGCCGACCAAGAGUUUGAAGAACAGCGAAAGAAUUACGAAGCGCGCAUAGACGCUCUCCAGCGACAAGUGGAGGAACAAAGUGUUACCAUGUCUAUGUACAGCUCUUAUACACCUGAGGACUUCCAUAACGACGAGGAUAUAUUUGUGAAUCCCCUGUUUGAGACAGAGUGCUGGUCGGCGCGCGAGGUGGGGCUGGCGGCGUGGGCCUUCCGCAAGUGGAAGUACCACCAGUUCACGUCCCUCCGAGACGACCUGUGGGGCAACGCUAUCUUCCUCAAGGAAGCGAACGCGAUAUCCGUGGAGCUACGCAAGAAGGUCCAAUUCCAGUUCACCCUACUAACCGACACGCCGUAUUCGCCCUUACCGGCCGAGCUCGCGCCCAGAGACGAUGCGGAUGAUGAGUACCGACCCUCCGCACCCACUGUGGUGGCGGUGGAAGUUACCGACACUAAGAACGGAGCCACGCACUACUGGACCCUGGAAAAAUUGCGCCACCGCCUGGAGCUCAUGCGUCAGAUAUACAACAUGAACGAGAGCGCGUGCACGGACGACGACGAGCCCGCCACGCCGGUGCCGUCGCCGCCGCCCGCGCUCCAGCCGCCGACUGACACGGACAUACUGCAAUGUAUCUCCACGUGUGCGAACAACACGCGGCUCUCUCUAGCCAACCUCCUGCCCUCGAGACAACGCUUGGAGCUGAUGCGCGAGAUGUACCACAACGAAGCGGAGCUGUCCCCAACUUCACCCGAUCACAAUAUCGAGUCGGUCACCGGCGGUGAUCCGUUCUACGAUAGAUUCCCUUGGUUCCGUCUUGUUGGACGGAGCUUCGUGUACUUGUCGAAUCUCCUGUACCCGGUUCCGCUCAUUCACAAAGUGGCCAUCGUGAACGAGAAGGGAGACGUGAAAGGCUACCUCCGGGUCGCCGUACAGGCAGUCAUCGACGCUGAAAAAAACAAUUCUGUCGUAGAUAACGCCGAAUUCGCAGCUGGAGUGAAGCAAUCCGCCAAGAUCUCGUUCGACGACGACAUCGCGCCGGCGAGGUCUCGGCUUAAAGCGAUAUCCAACGUUGAGAAGAACAACGCUAUCAAUGCUAUUACUAUAGAAGACAGACCUGAGCAAGAUUCCAAUAUCAAGAUCGAAGAACUAGCGGUGGGAGAAUGUGACGCGGACAGCGGUCGUGGAGACAGUUCCUUAGCUUCAGAGCUGAAGGAGGAAGACCUGCCCGAGCAUUUGACUCUGGGCCGCGAGUUCACCUUCCGAGUAACUGUUCUUCAGGCGCAUAGUGUCUCCACAGACUAUGCGGAUGUGUUCUGCCAGUUCAACUUCUUGCACAGAAACGAAGACGCAUUCUCAACAGAGCCAGUCAAAAAUACAGGAAAGAAUACACCGUUAGGAUUUUAUCACGUGCAAAAUAUCACAGUGCCAGUGACGAAAUCAUUCGUGGAGUAUAUUAAAUCACAACCGAUUGUUUUCGAAGUGUUUGGACACUACCAACAGCAUCCUUUGCAUAAGGACGCCAAACAGGACGGUCCAGUAGGCAGGGCUCCACCCCGUCGGAUGCUACCGCCCUCUUUACCGAUCUCAGCACCAGUCCGAAGCCCUAAGUGGGGCGCCGCUAGCGUGGCGCCGCCCUGCUGCUCGUCACACCUGCACUCCAAACACGACCUGCUUGUAUGGUUCGAAAUCUGCGAGCUGGCACCUAGCGGGGACUACGUGCCUGCGGUGGUAGAACACAGCGACGAGCUGCCUUGCCGCGGCCUGUUCCUACUGCACCAGGGCAUCCAGCGCCGCAUUCGCAUCACCAUCCUGCACGAGCCCUCCUCCGACCUGCAGUGGACGGACGUCAGAGAGCUUGUUGUUGGGCGUAUAAGAAAUACGCCAGAACCAAACGAAGACACGACGGAUGGUGACGAAGAUGGCGCCUUGUCGCUCGGACUAUUCCCUGGGGAACGACCCAACCUGGACGAUCGAGCUGUAUUCAGGUUUGAAGCGGCUUGGGACAGCAGUUUGCACGGCUCCCCUCUGCUGAACCGAGUGAGCGCAAACGGCGAAGUUGUUUACAUCACACUCAGCGCGUAUCUAGAGGUGGAGAACUGCGGUCGUCCGGCAAUCAUCACAAAGGACCUAUCAGUGGUGGUGGUGGGUCGCGAGGCGCGGACGGGCGCGGGCCGCUCGCUGCGACGCGCGCUGUUCGGUUCGCGAGCCGCGCGGGCUGAUCGACUUACGGGGUUGUAUGAGCUCAGUUUACACCGGGCGCUUGAACCAGGUGUCCAGCGAAGACAACGGCGUGUAUUAGACACAAGUGGUACAUACGUACGCGGUGAAGAGAAUCUGCAUGGCUGGCGUCCACGCGGGGACUCGCUUAUAUUCGAUCAUCAGAAACGUAUCUGGCGCAAACUGUUCUAUGAUUGGCCGCUGGACGUUAUCGAUAAAUUGCAGUGGGAACUAGAAAAGAUGACCAGACUAGAGCAAGUCGGUCGGACACGACAUUUCCUGGCGCUCCGCGAGCGUCUGCGACACGGGCAUGAGAACACGGUUGCACCUAACGACUUUACGAAAACAGAGAAAGAGGUGAGCAACAUGGCCGCCAAGGCAGCGUCGGAGUGUGCGCACGCGCGCGACGAGUCUGUAUACGAGCCGUGGGAAAUGAGUCCCAGAGAAAAGGAGGUCGCCUCCAAAUUCCUUAAACUCAUACAGGGAAGGAUAGGUGGCAACAAGGAGGUGGAGACUGCAGUAUCACCCGCGACGCCGGUCGACGAGGGUGUAUCGGCAGACAUCUCUACACCCAGUCUUCUAUCCUCAAUUCACAGUGCCAGCAGCUUCGAGCUAUGCUCGCCGGAACGAGCGUUACUGGAGAAGGCCGCGGGCGCGUGGGGAGUGGCGGGCGUACACGGUAGCAGCGCCGCGAGUGCGGGCGCGCUGUUCGUGCCCGACUGCGAGGAGGUGCGGGUGUCGGCCGCCGUGGCGCGCCGCGGGUACCUCAACGUGCUGCAACACGGCACGCACGGCUGGAAGAAGCGCUGGCUGGUGGUUCGGCGGCCGUACGUGUUCAUCUACCGCGACGAGCGCGACCCGGUGGAGCGCGCCGUCAUCAACCUCGCCAACGCGCACGUCGAGUACUCCGAGGACCAGGAGCAGAUGGUUCGCAUGCCCAACACCUUCAGUGUGGUGAGCAAGGAACGUGGAUACCUACUUCAGACCCUCGGGGACAAGGAAGUUCAUGAUUGGCUCUACGCCAUCAACCCAUUGCUCGCUGGCCAGAUUAGGUGUGGCGCAGGUCGCGGUCGGCGCGCCGCCCGCGCGCGCCCGCUGCGCCGCCGCUGUGUGCAUGAGACCUCACCAUGGAGUCUAUCCUCGUUUUUUAAGUGCGUCGCCGACGGACGGAUAUACGCGCACAGACCGCUCCGCGCCGUGCGCGCCUCGCAUAGAUAUUAACACGGCCCCCUAACUGUUGCCACUCUUGCUCGGUGUGGGACGAAUCAAAGGCUCUACAGUCUAUACCCGCUCACAAUAAACGAAUAACGGUUCUUUCAUUCAUUAUCAAACAAGAAUAUUAGUAUAAUAUCAAUAAUAUUUUAAUUUAAUAUCAAUGUUAUAUUAAACAAUGCUUCAUCUUCUAAGGUACACUCGCAUCAACCUGUUAAAUGUGUUUAGUUACAUUUUGUAUAUCGACUGUGAACUGGCCACAAUAUGUCCUAUCUUUCGAUGAUUUCAGUUUAUGCUAUUUCGUACUCCGCAGUGUUACAGUUCAAAGCAGUUUGGUCCUUAUCGUAUCAAACGCGGAAGUUGUCAAAAAGCGACACCAUUACAAAAUUUAACUUAACCAGUUUAAGCAGCUUGUGUGCAAGUAGGCCUAAGAAAAACACAAACCAAGAAUGAUUAUUCGAAGUGCCAUGAUUGUUGUCAGAAUAAAAUCCGAAGUUUGAUUGUGUAUGGGUAGGUAAUAACUUAGACAAUUACGUCGAAAAUCGAAAUGCAUUGAACUUAGGAAUCUUUUUACACCAGAAAUGCUGAAACGUCUACCACCGAGCAAAAGGUUAACAUUGUAUUGUAUACGCAAGAUUCUGUGACUGGUUUGGUAGAAAGAUUAACGAUAAUGUUUAAGUAUUUAUUUAUUUAAAAAUCAAUGAAAUAGAUCAAUUAUACAUAAUAAUAUUACGUUGCAUUCCACUAACAAGGGUUGUUAGAAAAUUACCAGUGGAAUAUUAUGUGCCCUGGUUGGGGCCACAGAUUAAUAAAAAUAGUUCAAUAUAUAGUUGUUUUAAACUGUCUUUCUGAAUUUACUAUUAUACUCGAAGAAUCAAUUAAUUUAGCAUAUCUCAAUUAUUAUAAACAGUAUUAUUGUAUAUUAUUGAGGCAUUAAAUGCUAUAUACGGUCUAUACGUAAAUAUUAAUAUGUGUGUUUUAUAUGUUGUUAUAUUUUUACAAUGUUCAUAGUAUCGCAUCCCUAAAUCGAAACUGUUUCAAUUCAAAUCUCUUCGAAAAGUUAUUGAUAUAAUCUCGGUUUCUGAUCCCUGACUUCAUUAUUUGUACCUACGGGCGAAACUGUAGUUACUAAGCUAUAUGUAUUAUUGAAAGCACAAUAUUCCUUAAUAUUUUUGAGUUGAAACAGUUUUGAUCUAUGGGUGUGAUAUGUAAUUUUAAAUCGUCGGUCAUGUGUGAGUUGGGACCAAACCGGUGCACCGAUAGUGGGAAUGGGGUAAAAAUACUAUUUACAAUUUAAUGAACAAUUACUAUUGGACCUUUUUUAAGCGGGCUGUUUUAAUAUCUACUGUAGGACGCACAACUAUUGCAAUAAGUUUUUUAUCUGUGUAUUUUUAACAGUAUAUAAAUGUUAUGGUCUUUGCACCGCUACCUUUUGAAUAUUUCUUGCCAAAUAUUGAAAAGAAAAUAAAAAUAGAAUUUCACUAGUUUUAACGUGAGAAACUAGAUAAGCGAGAACAUCUUGCCCGUUCGUAAUUUAUUGUUUCAUAAUAUUCUGUAUCCAUAUGGAUGGAUUAAGUAGAAAUCUCAAUUAACUCUAAGCUUAAUUAAUAGUUUUAAGUUGCACGGUGCAAGGACUUAAAUCAAGUAUGCCAAUUUUAUGUAAAUCUUUUUUUUUAAUAACCAAUUUCGUGCAAUAACUAUUAGGUCGUUCAAAUGUUGCGCACAAAAAUAGACUUUGUCGGCGAUGUCUCUCUGAUCGAAACCAAUGGACUCCAUAAUGUACCGCGAGGAAAUUUCAAUGUACUAUGAAAUGACAAAUUAUUGAAAAUAUGUAUUUUAGAUUCUCCCCUAAUGUUACAUACAAUAAUUAUGUAAUUUAACUUGUAUAUACGUAUGACCCGAACGGUAGAUUAUUAUAUUUUGAGGCUCCCAAGAGCGAAGUUCGUAAUGUCAUACGUAACGUUUGAUUUCACCCUAGUGUUGAUUGUAAAUACAUAAUAAUAAUUUAAUGGCAACGUAGUUAAAUGUAGACUACGCGUUUCAAUAAAAAAAAAUUGCUGCAUGUGCGACCAGAAUAAUUUUAAUGUAAUAAUAAUUAAUUAUUAUUUGUGUUUGUAAUUGUUUAUUUAUAUCAUUUUCUAAUCAAUAAGGCUGGAAAUAUAUUUGCAACGCGCCACUCGACCCAACGUUAUUUGAUGCAUGUUGAGUCAAAUCUUAAGUGAAGUGACCACUUGCAAAAGUCAGAUUUGACAAGUCACUUGCAAUGUCUAAAUCCUUGCAAGUCAAUUUCUGCAAGUAUGGUAUACUAAAACUUGCAGAAAUCACUUGGUGCGAGUGGUUACGCACUGAAAUUGACUUGUCCUCAGAACUUUUGCAUUUUUUUUUUGCUAGUAUCCUAUAAUCAUUGUAUUUAAAUAUACCUAUUGCAGGUAGUACAUUAAUAUAAUAUUAUUUUAAUGUAGUAUUUUCUUUUUCACACAAAGAUACACUUCGAACAUCCGACAACAUGUUACUUUGGCUGUCGGUAGUGUGUUUCUGGUUAUAUAGAAAUACUAUGGUUACAGUACAGUUUGAUUUAACGCUACACGCAUAACGUUUAGCAGAGUCGAGUGGCGAGUUAUAGGCUGAAAUGUAUAGAGCGUACUAUGACUUGCUCACACUGACAGUUAACAGUUAAAACGAGACAGCGUUCUAUCGCUGGCAUAAGUCUGUCUCCUUUUAACUGAAACUUAAGUCUGAGCAAGGUCAAAGUAGGUAGGUAUUAUAGAUUUCAGCCAUAGUCUCUGGCUCAUAAAUAAGAAAUAAUUUAUUAUUUGAUUAAAUGGAUUGUAUAAAGUAGGUUAAUGUGAUGUUACCGGUGUAGUGUCACAAUAAUAUUAUAAUGUUACGUUGGUACCAUUCGUUAGUCUGGGUCCACAUUUGUGUCAUUAUGCUGUACCGUAUUACUGUAGCAAAGGCAGAACAACGUUGAAAGAACUUGAGUCAAAACAAUGACAUCAUAGUAAAUUGGAUUUAAACAUCCUUGAUAAAAGAAUUUAACAAACAAAGUCAAAGUCAAAUCAUUCACAUUGGGUACAAUUGUACGUUUUUGAUUUUCAUUGUUGAAUUUGUAAGAUAAUUAUAAAUAAUUACAUAAACUUAAAAACUAAAGCUACGAGAACGAUUGUGAUACAUGCCAAGCGACGCAACAGUGAUAUGAUACACCAAAAUGAUACAAAUGUGUAUAUCCAGCCUUAGUCCAGCCUCACAAAUCAUUCCGAACGUUGUCUAGUCAUGUACUCUGUAGGUACAUUGUAUGUGAUAGAAUAUAGUCCCAUAGGUACAAUGCUGUGCUGCGAACAAUCACCAAGUAGUUUGUUAUAUAAAUGUUUCGGUGUUAUGUUAUAUACGCGUGUAAUCGUUCACAUUUCCUCACACCCACUCGAAUAAGGGCGGAAUUAGACGGUUCAUAUAUAGUGAACAUUUUUAGCGAAACAUGAUGGAUGAUGAAAGGCCAUUCACCAAAUUAGCAAUGAAACAUGUAUGAUACUUAUGACGCUUCUUAGAUACGUCCAGUAUUAAAAGAACAAUAAUGAAUCAUCUAAUUCCGACAUUUAAGCAAUUAGCUCAAUGUAAGGGAUAGUUUACACCUGCUGUUUGACACGGUACUGAGUUUUCUCGAUCGAAAAUCUUGUUUGGUGUAAGCUAGGCCUGACGUACCAGAUGACAAUUUAUCACGUAGUUAGAGUAAUUGAUGUGACCAUAGGUUUAUAUUACUUUUGUAUGUCUUUUCCUUUUCGAUAUUUUCUAUAUCUACGAUUCGGAUAUGAUUCUUAAUCUUGUUACCGCUUCGGUGUUGAAUUAAAUAAUCGUCACUAACUAUCGCUUUUAGGUGACUAUUUUACAAAAUAAAAAUCAUAAUAAUUAUUAUGUAAUUCUAUCCCAAAACGACUUUGUAAGCUUAAGUAAAUUUUAGUGAUUGUAAAUAAAUUGACGUCUUUAAAUAAUAGUUCGUUUGGUACAAUAUGAGUUACAGAUUAACUAGGAAAAAUUUAUAAACCUAAAAUUGCUUUCUUCUACGUUCUAAAGUCCAUUCACCGGCUUGCAUCCCGAUUUCGUAGACGAUACUCGGCUAAACACUAGAAUAUUCUGGUAAUAACUUAGCAUAGACAAUAUAGAUGUAAGAUCAAAAGUAUUAUCCAAAAAUUAGACAGCUGUGUGUUAUUGAAUAUUUCUUAAAAUAUUUAUAUUAAAAAAAUAAUACAAUAAUUAUUGUCGUCGAGGAAAACUGUUUUUUGAAAUUUUGUGCCGCAGCGCAACGUCAAAUAUUUUCUUGUUUAACACUCUUUUGUCGAUGGUCUUAGAGGAAUUUGACGAUGUGCUUUUAUUUCUUCACAAAACGUCCCUUUCAGUAAAAUUUGUAAUUAUAAUUCUCUCCAUAAGAAUCUUCUGUCCAUAAUAAUUGGUUCUUACCACAAAUAUAUUGCUAUAUUAUUACUCCCGUUGAGAUAUCGAAUGAUGGAAUGAAUCUAUUUAAUAUUUACAGUUAUCUUUUCUAGUCAUUUAUUUUAAAACAUUCCAAAGUCGUAAAUUCCUUUUUUUUCUAUCUAGCGUAAUGUAUUUUGCAAAGCAAAAUGACGUAUAUCUUUUUGGAGAAUGAAAGGGCAACACGAAAGUGCCGGGCGUUGGAUGUAAUAUAUUUUAGUUCUAUUUUAUGAAUGGAAAAAUUCGUUUGCAUAGCUUCGUUUAGUUAUAUUUUUCUAGUUCAAAAAGAUCUUUUUAAAUUAGAGAUAACAGCUUAAGCUGGAUUAUAUAUAUUUUUAUAGAGUGUACUCUAAAAGCUAUACUGUUAUUUUUAUAGGAAUAGCUGUUUUUUCUAUUUUUACGUUCACUGUUUUGUGUAAUUUACGUUUUAAGUAUUACUCGGGAAUGUUGAGUAGGGGAUGUAGUGAGGGAGGGUGGGAAGGGCUUGUAAGGGUUUAGUUCGCGCGCAAGGCGUGUUCGGAGGCGGCGCCACUCUUCGCCGUUCUUGUGAUUUCGAUAGUGAUUGUUGUCUGUUGGGCGAGAAUGAUAUUUGAGGAAUUAUAUAUUCUAUGUAUAAUUUAUGAAUUUCAUUCAAUUUAUGGAAAUAAGAACAAUGUAAUAAUUGGUAAUAUUACUCAUUGCUCUAAAUGUACUAUCAAAAUAUAUUAUACACAGUGUUAAAGGUCAUAAAUAAAAUGCUUUGAAAAUUUC